UUCCUCUCCCCUCAAAGCCCAUGAACCCUUGCUCUCCUGCAUGCCUAAAGGAUCUUUCCUCCCCUGCAUGGACCAUGUCAGAAAUGGCAGAACCCGUUACUUGUGAGAAGUUCGAGGCCAAUGUGUUUGCCAAGAGCCGCUGCCAGAACUGUUUCCGAACAGUCGCUGCGCACCAGUGUGGUAACCAGGAAGUGAAGGAACAAGCCGUGAAAACACUUGACUUUGCUGCGGAUAGCAAGGAGUCCAGUCCCUGUGACCCAUGGGACCCACUGUGCAUUUUGGUGCCCCAGUGUGAACUCUACGUCUGUGUGGGCUCCGAGGACAGAACUGAGAGCUGGCAGGAAAGUUUGGAGUACACUCAGCUUAGCUGCAAAGCUGAAGAGGAAACUGAAGAAGCCAGUCCUUGUCCUGAUGCCAACACUCCUCUUGGCAUUGAGACAGACACCAAUGACACGCUUCCCACGGACUGGGAAAUGACCAGACUUCUUGACAGCAUUUUGGGAUCUGACAAAGAAGACAUGAUGUACUAUGCAGGCCAGAAGCAAGCAGUACAACCUGAAAGCCUUCCCUCUGAUAGACCUAGAUGGGCUGAGGCAACAUCAUCUGGCAGAACAGAAUCCAAGAGUCGUCUGAAAACAGAAUGCAGAACUAUGAGCCAGGACGAUGGGGACAGUAAGAGGAAACGUCAAGCUGAGAGCAGCUAUUUCUCUCUGGAGCGUCAGAAGUCUGACCCACCUCGGGCAUCAUCGCCAUCCGCUGCGGGACGUAGUACCUUACCUGUCCAUGGCAGUGCCAAGGCAGCAGGUGGAAUGCCCGCUUCCUCUGUUAGCUCAGCAGACUCAGACAUGAGCUGGAGGACAAGUGGCAGCCACGAAAGUCGGCAUGGACUGAUGAGGCAGGAGUACACGGUGUUGGCAGACGUACCUAAGACAAAGCGGCUCAACCAUCGGCAGGCAUUUGAGAAAGACCGCAGCAGCUCCCGCACCCAAAGUCCUGGCCGAGCAGAGGUGGAACGCAUCUUUGGACUUGAGCGCAGGAAGUCAGAGACCCUGGAAGCGUUCCAAGCCCUGGAGGAAGGGCUCUUAGAGCGGCUGGACAGUAAGAGCUUGAAGCUGGCCAAGGAGGGGCGGCUUGUGAGGAGGAAGUCAAGCCCUACACUGCGCAAAGAACCUCUUCCAGCAAACAAGAAACUGCUUUGGGAGUCUGGACAGCCCAGUAAAAGUGGAGGAGAAUCGCUGCGCUCAGGGAGACAGACUCAGAGACCUGAGAGAACAGGUCGGAGCCAAGGCGAGUCUCUACGCUCGAGGAGUCCAGCUCAACAGCCUGAGAGAGAGAGCCGGAGCAGAGGAGCAGGGGUCCAACAUCCGGCAGCUCCGCUCUCUCAACGGGCAGAGAAGAAGAGACCAGAGGAGCCUGUGCGAACCACGAGAGUCCCCCUUUGUUCUGGGAGGCAAACAGAUAGUGGUCGGAAAAGCCACCCAGAGAGUGUGCACCUCAAGGUCUCCAGCAAGACCCCAGAGACCAAAUGGAAGACCUGCCUGGAUGUCUUGCACGUGACCAAACCUACAAAGAGUGUAGACAAGAGUCAGGUGAGUCACAUGAGGCCACUUGAGAGAUACAAAGAGAGUGACCGCAAGGCCAGGGGCAAACCUUUGCUCCCUGUAGAUACAAGUGAGAGGGUGAGAGAAGAUUCUAGAGACUGCCAAGAAGCCACACGGGCUUUGAGCCCAGGGAGGGGAGCAGCAGCCAGAGAGAAAACUGGGCAAGCACCAAGUCCUCCAAGACACAGAGAGGUUAGCAGGGGAACCCAAGGAGGGACCAGGAGCACUGUCAACUCAGGGAGAGACCUAGGGGUCACUUUGAAAAGUCAUAGAGAUGCCGGAGGUAUGUUCAGUCAUGGACGAUCUAGUGGUGGAAGCCAACAAGAGUCCAGGCGCUCCCUCAGCCCUGGGAGAUGUAGGGAAAGCAAUUGGAAGAACCUUGAGGAGGCAAGACACUCUCCCAGUCCGGGUAGGCUAAUGGAGGGUAUUUGUGCGUGUUCGAGUCAAGGAAGGUGCUGUGCUUUUUCAGAGCUGUAUGCAGAGAACAACUGGAAGAGCCAAAGGGAGGCGGUGGCUGCAAGGAAUCAAAGUGACUGGCCAAGCAAGGAGACACUGAGCUCUUUCACGCAUAGCAUGAAGGAGAGCAGUGCGUGCAAGUAUUGCAAUAAAUCCUUCUUCCCCACAAGUCUGCCAGUCCCCGAGCAGAGGAGGACUGGCCAAGAACAACUCCCUUGUUCCAUGAGACCAGAAAGUAGCUCCAGAAGCCAAGAAGGGUCCUUGUGCCAUGUGCAUCCAAUGCAGCUCUUAGAAAGGGAGUGGCCAAGCCAAGGGGAACAGCAGCACACUACAACACCAGGACAGCUGCCAGUGGAAAGUAACUGGAGAACCCACAAGGAUCCGCCAGGAUGGGUGGAGGAGGAGCACCAGGAGGAGCAGAGAAGUCCUAUGAGACCAGAAUUACAAAUGGACAACAGCUGGAACAACGAGGAGAAGCUCCUCUACCAGCACCAGUUAGAUGGAGGUGAACCACCAAAAAGUACCUGCUCUCCAAGAAGUCACGACCCUUAUCUGGAUACAAGCAAGAAACACAAGCCAGAUCUUCUCAAUUUCAAGAAAGGAUGGAUGUCCAUAUUGGAUGAACCAGGCGAGUGGACGAAGCACUGGUUUGUGCUGACAGACUCAAGCUUGAGAUAUUACAGGGACUCCAAUGCUGAAGAGGCAGAUGACCUGGAUGGGGAGAUUGACCUGCGCUCUUGCACCGACGUGACGGAGUAUGCAGUGCAGCGGAACUAUGGCUUCCAGAUACAUACUAAAGAUGGUGUCUUCACGUUAUCUGCGAUGACAUCAGGAAUCCGCCGGAAUUGGAUUGAGGCUCUGAGGAAAAGUAUACGCCCUACCAGCGUGCCAGAUGUGACAAAGCUAUCUGACUGCAAUAAGGAGAACUCCUUCCGUGGCUACAGUUCCCCCAAGAGCUCCAUCCGGCCUGAGGAGCAGCGGCCCAGCGUAGGAUCUGAGGCCAUAAGCAGGGGCAGCCACAGGAAAGCAGAUGUGCAGCACCAUUCCUUUGACUACGUGGAAUUGUCCCCCUUGCAGCAAGGGUCCCAGCUGAGCCAUGGGUCCCCCCAGCGAACAAGAGGGAGCGCAAGAGCAACGGAAGCUGGAGUUGGCAAACGCGAGGACCUGGAGCGGGACCUGGCCUUGCGCUGGGAGGAAAGGCGGAAAUGGUUUGAGUCUCCAGCCAGUGGGGUCUUGCAGACAGAUGGUCCGGCAGGGGAUAUCUCCCAAAAGGGGCAGGAACCCCCAGGCCCUGCUCUCUCAGAGGCUCAGAAGGGUCGGCUGAGUGAAGAGAUUGAGAAGAAGUGGCAGGAGCUAGAGCGCCUCCCCCUGAAGGACUCCAAGCGGAUCCCACUGAUGGCAUUGCUGAACCAAGGCAAAGGAAACCAAGGGGAGAAAAAUGAAGCUCUGGAGAAAGAGGUUCAGGUCCUGAGGUCACAACUGGAGUCAUUUCGUGCCCAUAAUGUGGCAAAAUCUCACAAAGACGGGCAGGUUCCUCGAGGCUACAUCUCUCAGGAGGCCUGUGAACGCAGUUUAGCUGAGAUGGAAACGUCCCACCAACAAGUCAUGACAGAGAUGCAGCGGCACCAUCAGCGCGAAAUGGAGCGGUUACAGCUGGAGAAACAGCGACUUCUGUCAGAGGAGGCGUCUGCCACUGCUGCAGCUAUUGAAGCACUGAAAAAGGCACACAGAGAUGAACUGAAUAAAGAGCUGAGCAGAACACGCAGUUUCCAGAAGAGCGGUUCAAAUGCAGAUAUACUCCAGCAACAGCAUCGGUCUGAUGUAGAAGCCAUGAAGCGGGAACUGCAGGUCCUUUCUGAGCAAUAUUCCCAGAAGUGCCUGGAGAUUGGGGACCUCGUGCACAAGGCGGAAGAGCAGGAGCACAUGCUGCAGCGCUGCCAACAAGAGGGAAAGGAACUACUACGGCAAAACCAGGAGUUACAGAGGCGACUGUCAGAGGAGAUUGGACAGUUGCGGGCAUUCAUCACAGCACAGGCUUCGGGUGAUGGCUCUUCACACAACAAUGAGAGGAAUUCUUGUGAACUAGAGGUGCUGCUUCGAGUGAAGGAAAAUGAACUCCAGUACCUGAAACAAGAAGUCCAGUGUCUUAGAGAGGAAAUUCAAAUGAUGCAAAAGGAUAAGAGGUUUGCAUCAGGAAAAUACCAAGAUGUCUACGCAGAGUUGAACCACAUCAAGCGGCGGUCAGAGCGAGAAAUUGAACAGCUGAAGGAGCACCUGCGCCUGGCCAUGGCAGCCCUCCAGGAGAAAGAGAUGAUGCACAACAGUAUCGGUCAGUAG